GGCUCAGUCCUUUUCUCACUCCCAGGAUACAGUUAUUGAAUACUUGGGGGAUACAGAGGAUAAAAGACUUGAUUCCUAUUCUCAAACCAUUUAGCCUUGGAGGGAAAGGUAAGCUACAAAUCCAAGGUACAAAUGGUUCUUCAGGGCUAGCUGGAAUGUCUCUCCAGCUUUCAGGAACGUCUGUGUCUUGUGGUUCAACUGCUGGAGGAUGAACUGACAGCUAUGGAUCAUACAUUGUUAAGAAACACAUGGGAAGGCAUGAGGCAACCCUGCACCUCACCACAAGACAGGAGAUCCAAAGUGGGGUUCCCUAGGGUCAGACUAAAUAUUUCUACUGUACUCUUGUGUUCAUUAUCCCUGCUGGUGCCUUGCUUUACCAUCUGCAGCACCCCCCUCCCUAAAGUCCUUGUAGUGCUCCCUAACCCCCCUGAGCCCCACUGGCCACUCCCAGUUCUCCCUGCCUAGGAAUUAGCCCCAGGAGGGAUCUUCCUUGGCAAAAGGAAGUGGAGGCUGCUAAGGCUCCUAAGACCUCCUGUGCAUUUAACUCAGCCAACAGCUAUAGGGUGUUCCCCCAAGAUGUAUACACACUUUGAAUAUUCCAAUGGGUUAAAUCGGAAAAGAAACAUCAACGGAGCUAUCAGCUUUUAGUAGUGGGUACAUUAUGGGGGACACCCUGUAUUUGAGUCCCUACUGUGAGCUCUCCCAUGUCUGGCACCAUGGACUUAGCAGUGAAUCAAAAAGUCACAACGGCCCUGUGGACCUUACAGUAGGAAAGACAAGACACUCAAAACAAUUAUAAAUGCAAGGGCUGCAAAAGAAAGGCGUUGGUUAUAGUGGGUUUUGUAGAAGUAGGGACAUGGAUUGGGAAACACAAUGUUUGCAUUGAGGCCAUAAAGAGAGCCAGCCUCAGGCGAAGACAGUUAAUAGUUUUCUAGGUACAGAAUGUUCCAGGGUGGGCGGGGAGCACACAGCAUGCCCCAGGAACCGGCUAUCAGGGUGGCUACAGAGCACAAGGCAGGAGGCAGGUGGGACAGAACUGCAGUAUUCCGCAGUGCAACUCCCGCAGAAAGCCUUCGGAGAGUAACCCUAAUCCGCCUCCAGUCCUGGCCCAUCAGGUCCGGAGUCCCAUGCGCUCCGGGAGUGACGCCCCCCGCAGCAACUCAAACUUCUCGGGGCAGGGGACCGGGAGGGGUCGCUCCGUGGUCCCCUUGGCGGGGACCUGAGACACGCACACUCGCAGGGUGUGCAAACUGGCAGCGGGAACCCAAUCCCGGUCUGCGUGGGCGCAACUCCGCAGUCUAGGGCUUUCCAGCGUCUUGGCAAGAAAAACUACACUCCCCACAACACUCUGCGCCUCCGACUCGCUGCGGUUGCUCAUGGCCAAUCCGGAGAGGUAGCUGUGGCGGGGGCCGAGGAGGGACAUUUUAAAAGGGCCGGGGAUUGCGGGCGUCAGUGGCCAUGGCGGAUACAGCGACCACAGCAUCGGCGGCGGCGGCAAGUGCCGCUGGCUCCUCGACCGAUGCACCUCCUUUCCAGCUGGGCAAACCGCGCUUCCAGCAGACUUCCUUCUAUGGCCGCUUCAGGCACUUCUUGGAUAUUAUUGACCCUCGCACACUCUUUGUCACUGAGAGACGUCUCCGAGAGGCCGUGCAGCUGCUGGAGGACUAUAAGCAUGGGACUCUGCGCCCCGGGGUCACCAAUGAACAGCUCUGGAGUGCACAGAAAAUCAAGCAGGCUAUUCUACACCCGGACACCAAUGAGAAGAUCUUCAUGCCCUUUAGAAUGUCAGGUUACAUUCCGUUUGGGACGCCAAUUGUGGUCGGUCUCCUUUUGCCCAACCAGACACUGGCAUCCACGGUCUUCUGGCAGUGGCUGAACCAGAGCCACAACGCUUGUGUCAACUAUGCAAACCGCAACGCUACCAAGCCUUCACCUGCAUCCAAGUUCAUCCAGGGCUACCUAGGAGCUGUCAUCAGUGCCGUCUCCAUCGCUGUGGGCCUUAAUGUCUUGGUUCAGAAAGCCAACAAGUUCACCCCGGCCACCCGCCUUCUCGUGCAGAGAUUUGUGCCCUUCCCCGCCGUAGCCAGCGCCAAUAUCUGCAACGUGGUCCUGAUGCGGUACGGGGAGCUGGAAGAAGGGAUCGAUGUCCUGGACGGCGAUGGCAACCUCGUGGGCUCCUCCAGGAUCGCAGCCAGACAUGCCCUGCUGGAGACGGCGCUGACGCGAGUGGUCCUCCCCAUGCCCAUCCUGGUGCUCCCUCCAAUCGUCAUGUCCAUGCUGGAGAAGACAGCUCUCCUGCAGGCGCGUCCCCGGCUGCUCCUCCCUGUGCAAAGCCUCGUGUGCCUGGCAGCCUUCGGCCUGGCCCUGCCUCUGGCCAUCAGCCUCUUCCCACAGAUGUCAGAGAUCGAAACAUCCCAGUUAGAGCCUGAGAUUGCCCGGGCCACCAGCAGCCGGACAGUGGUGUACAACAAGGGGCUGUGAGUGGUGGCCGGCUGGCCUGGGGAUGCAGCCUUGUCCAGCCUGGGGAGCUGGGGGCGGGGCAGGGGUCUCGUGAGUAGUGCCUGCAGGGAGGGCAAGCUGGCCCCACCAGUCCUGGACCACCUGGGGGUUGGGGGGUCUCCAUCCACAGUGGUAGGGAGACUAAUCUAUUCACCUGUUAACAUAAGGGAGAGGAAUUCUGACACAUUUCCUAUAAAAAUAAUCAAGUGCAUUUCUGGGCCUUACGUGGGGUUGCCAAAACUCUACUCAGCACAAUUAUGUGUGAAGCUGAAAAAUUGUAGAGUGCCCACAGGGUAGAAUUAGGAUCCUUUUAUACUUUUUAUUUUUAUUUUUUAUCAGAAUCAAGCCUUGGUUGCAGCUGCCCAGAUGCUGCUAGCAGGUGGUCUGGUGGUGGGAGUAGGGGUAGGCCUGCGGCGAGUUGGCUGGCUUGGUGGUGGGGCUGGUAGAUUUAAGAUAUUGCUGUGGCCAAGACCGACGUCUCCCUGGGUGUUCAGGGGUAGGGAAGGGAGGGGAGGCAGUCUACACCUCGCCGGAUGAGCCAGCUAUGACUAAGGUCCUCAGGAGGUGGCCCAGGAAAUCAAGGAGCACUGGAAGUCUCUGGAAGGUUCCAUGGGCAGCUGGCUCAGAGUGUGGCCGGCCUUCAAGAUCCAGGCCACACCUGCAGAACCGAUUCCUCUACAUGAAGCCCAGUGGCACACGGGCUGGCAUCACCCUUCAUGGAGCCCUGAUAUAUGGGAGGCCCCGGAGAUGACCCCAGCUCCAGGCAGGAAGCCCCAAGAAGGAAUGAUGUUGGGCAGGAGCCGGGGGCAUGCAGCCCGGCCUUUGCAGGAAGAUCUUCCUCCCUGGCGCCAGGCUGGAAGCUGGGCAUUAGGGCCGAGUGUGGGGCUGGAGCCAGGCUGACUGCCACUGAGCAGGAGGGCCCCGUGUCCGAGAGUACAAAGGCCAGAUCUCUAGGCACCUAUUGGAGAGGAAGCAUCAACCCGGGAAUCAAAGCAGGCGCUGGCUCUGGCCGGCGACGUAACCUUGGACAAGCCCACUUCCUUCUCUGAGCCUCCACCCCCAUGUCUGGAGCCCGAGGACUGGAUCAAGGGAUUCCCGCCUGCUCCUCCAGCUAGAUCCCGUCUUUGCCUGUCCCGUUCAGAUGCUGGUCAUCCCAACAUGGACACUGGACUGGGAAAGGGGCAGGUCCCUGUGGGCAUGGCCAGCAGUUGGCCUCAGGACCCGGACUCUGCUGUUCUGUAUGUGACCCCACCUCCUGGGAGCACUGGGCCUUUGCCAAACACUUUACAGUUGUGAAGGAGGAGGUAGUAUGGAUGCCUGGGCUGGAGUGGGGAGCCACACCCACCUGCCGCCUCUCAGCCUGCACUGGCCUCUGAGGCCCCUGGCUGCCGGCUGCCGCCUCCCUUCCAGUUCGGGCCAGGAAAGGGGAA